AUGAUUGAAGCAAACGAUAUCAACAAUGGGCUCCUUAUGCUACUCGCAGUCGCGUGCCUCCUACUUGCGAGCCGAUAUGCAUCCUGGCUGAGAAGGGAUUGGUCGAGCCAAGGUUUCGGGCCGCGAGACGGGCUAGUCCCCGAAAUCGAUGGAACCCAGCUAUACUACGGAAGGAAGAAAUGGCCGCAGUAUGAGGCCAGGUUCAACCUUAGGCUGUCCUACGUGUACGGACCCGUCGUCCUUAUCAGACACCAUUCCACCACACUACUGGCCAAGCUCGGGCGGUGUAUGGACAGCUGGUUCUAUCGGACCAGGGACUCUACAGACACCACUAUUCUCGUCAAUUCGUUAUCCAAGAAUGAACGUGUGCUGAAAGGUCUUCUCGGAGCAUGUGCCUCUCGCAGGCCUUCGAUUGCAGCCGGGAAGUAUCUCAGUCGUGGGCGGAGGAUUGUCCUACAGCCAUACGGCCCAGAUUGGCUACGACAUCGCCGAGCUUUUACCUCGCUCUUAACGAAAGAGAAGAUCAGCAAUAGGUGGGCCAAGGCAUUGCGCCAUGAAGCCAUGAUCAUGGUACUGCGGAUCCGCGAGCUGGGAAAGCCGCAUAACCCGUCCGAACCUACCCUAUUAGACGAAAUCUCGCGGUUUACGGCUUCAAGUGUGAUGCAGAUCACUUAUUCCCGAAGAGUGGAGACACCGGGUGAUCCCAUCUUGAAAGACUUGCAGACAUGUUUCCAAAAUAUUGCGAGCGCUUUCACCCCCGGGAAAUACUGGGUUGAGGACUUGCCUCUGCUGGACAAGUUUCCUGUCUUUACUUCACCGUGGAAGAGGAAGCUGACCUCAGAUCAUCUCUUCGAGAUGACAUUAUUUGAAGGUUUACUUCGUGGUGUGGAGACCAGACUAGAUGGAAAUGAAAGCAACAAGAGAUCAAAUCGCAAGAGGUUUCCGCAGCAGGCCGGAGAUGUCGUGAUAACGCCCGGAGAAUCCGCUGCUGCCGAGCUCCUCCGAAAUGCAGAGCAGUUCCAGCUGGAUCGAGGGGACAUCGCGUAUCUUGCGGCUGGAAUAUUCGAGGCCGGCACGGAAACCACGGCCAUGACCCUGAACACCUUCCUGCUUGCCGCAGCAUGCUACCCGGAAGCAAUAAGACGAGCACAGGCAGAGAUCGAAGAGUAUAUGAACAGUAAGAAAUGCAAAGAGGACUCAGUUCCAACCUUUUUGGAUUUGCAACACCUGCCGUACCUCAGCGCCGUGGUGAAGGAGGCCUUGAGAUUGACUCCAACUGGCAGCUCUGGAGUAGGACACACGCCCACGAAACCAGUGCCACAGACUCUGAGCCUCGAGUGCGAUGGCGUUGGUGAUACAAUCCAGCUGACCGUACCACCUGGAACUACCGUGCUGGCCAAUACUUACGGCUUACAUCACGAUCAAGACCGUUACCCAGACCCGUGGCGUUUCAACCCAGACCGAUGGAUGACUCCUGACACUGAUCAGAAAUCUCCUUCGGGAGUCCAUAAGUCUUUGCCUUCUGGACUUUCUCUCGACCACACACACGCAAACUUUGCCUUCGGCUUCGGCAGGCGAAUCUGCCCCGGCUCAUCACUAGCAUCGCACUCACUGUCGAUGUCCAUUGCUCUCUUACUGCUGUGCUUCGACUUCAGGUUGACAGAUCGAGCAGAAGUUCAUCGUCAAACCGUGGAGAAACAAGAUCGGGAAGAGUAUAGAAGGUGGACUGAGCUCUUCCCCGAUGAGGACCGGGCCACAAUGGAUCGGGAGCGAUCAUCCAAAGAGGGCUGUGAGGACGAAGGUGAUGGGAUUGGCAGGGUCCUCAUUGAUGCGUACAUCACGUUCAAAUUGUCCAAGGCACAAUUGGCGGAGUGCGUCUAUCUCCAGCCUCGGAAAGACAAGCCCUGGUUGAGGGUUGUGGGUGAUACCCUGGCUUCGAUGCGAUGCCAGUAA